UCCACAGCCGGCAAGUGCUCUGCGCAUGCCCGGCAUUGGCCGCAGUGGCAGGCGGCGGCGAGGGUGCGGGAGCGGUGUCGAUCAAGUGGCAGUUCGGUCGUCGACAUGGUGCUCGAUCUCGACCUGUUCCGCAAGGACAAGGGGGGAGACCCCGACAAAAUCCGGCAGAACCAAGUGAAGCGCUUCAAAGACGUGUCGCUGGUGGAUAAGCUGGUGGAGGUGGACACGGAAUGGAGGAAAUGUCGGUUCCAAGCAGACAACUUAAACAAAUUGAAAAACCUUUGCAGCAAAACAAUCGGUGAAAAAAUGAAGAAAAAGGAGCCUAUUGGUGAAAGUGAUGCCCUUCCACAAAAUACACAGAAUUUGGAUGAAUUGAAUGCUGAAACUUUAAGUGGUUUAACUGUAACUCAGAUCAAGAAAAUACGGGUCCUUAUCGACGAUGCCAUAGGAAAAUGUGACACCGAACGUCUGAAACUAGAAGUACAAAGAUUAGACAGCCUGAGAGAAAUUGGUAAUAUCUUGCAUCCCUCUGUACCCAUCAGCAAUGAUGAGGAUGCUGACAAUAAAGUGGAACGAACAUGGGGAGAUUGUACUUCCGCAAAGAAGUAUUCCCACGUCGACUUAGUAGUAAUGGUUGAUGGUUUUGAAGCAGAGAAAGCCGCUGUAGUAGCAGGCAGCCGAGGGUAUUUCUUGAAGGGUCCUUUGGUAUUUCUUGAACAAGCUCUGAUCCAGCAUGCUCUGCGGGGUCUAAGCAGCCAAGGCUAUACUCCACUUUAUACACCAUUCUUUAUGAGAAAAGAAGUAAUGCAAGAAGUAGCACAGCUGAGUCAAUUUGAUGAAGAACUGUACAAGGUAAUUGGAAAAGGCAGUGAAAAAUCAGAAGACAGUUCCAUUGAUGAGAAAUACUUGAUUGCUACUUCUGAGCAACCAAUUGCAGCUUUUCACAGAGAUGAAUGGAUAAAGCCUGAGGAUCUUCCCAUUAAGUAUGCUGGAUUUUCUACAUGCUUCCGUCAGGAGGUCGGUUCACAUGGCCGUGACACCAGGGGCAUCUUCCGCGUUCACCAGUUCGAGAAGGUUGAACAAUUCGUUUUUGCUUCCCCUCAUGAUAAUAAGUCAUGGGAUAUGUUUGACGAAAUGAUUAAAACUGCUGAAGAGUUCUACCAAUCUCUCGGAAUUCCAUACCGCAUUGUAAAUAUUGUAUCAGGUGCACUGAAUCAUGCUGCAAGUAAAAAGUUGGAUUUGGAAGCUUGGUUUCCUGGCUCUUCUGCCUUCCGGGAAUUGGUAUCAUGUUCAAACUGUACAGAUUACCAAGCACGGAGAUUGCGAAUCAGAUAUGGACAAACCAAAAAAAUGAUGGAUAAAGCUGAAUUUGUGCACAUGUUAAAUGCCACAAUGUGUGCAACAACUCGUGUCAUCUGUGCUAUCCUCGAGAAUUAUCAAACUGAAGAGGGUGUGGUGAUACCUGAAAGUCUAAGACCGUACAUGCCUCCAGGUUUGAAUGAAAUUAUCAAGUUCGUUAAACAAGCACCUAUUGACCAGGAACCAUCUAAAAAACAGAAAAAGCAGCAGGAAGGAAACAAGAAGAAACCUGUUUUAUCUGACACUAGUUUGGAAAAUAAAGUCCAGAACAUGUCUGUCAGCAAUUAGUGAACCCUUUCAAAUAAAUGAUUAACUUGUAAAUCAGUGUACUUGUUGUCCAGAUUAAUUACAGGUGGAUGACUUGUAAAUGAGCUUCAUGUUGAGUAAAAUGAGAAGAGCAUCACCUUCGUGGUAGUAAUAAUGUGCAGCUCUUGAGCUGGUCAUUUAAGUGGAACAAGUUUUAUGGAGAAUUUGCUGCCUGUGUAUGCUUAGAAUAUGGAAUUUUAUCUCCUGAAUGAUUUGCAAUAAUAAACAGCUUAAACAAG